AUGUCCGUCGACGAGAAAGCAAGCGUGCGCGAUACGGAGCUAGGGAGCCCUCGAGACUCAACCGAGGAACAUGAGGUUUUCAAGAAGACCGAAGAUGGCGUUAGCUUCCGUAAUGUCGGCUGGUUCAAAGCGUGCAUCAUCUUCGUGAAGGUCCUCUUCGCGACCGGUGUGCUGUCGUUGCCGUCUUCGCUAUACUCUCUCGGUGCAGUAGGCGGUUCGUUAAGUAUAGUCGCCUGGGGCGCGUUCAAUACCUACUCUUUCGUGAUUCUCGGAAAUUUUCGCAAAAAGUAUCCUCACUGCCACUCCAUUGCCGACAUGGCGGAGGUCGCCGGUGGAUUUUUCGCGAAGGAACUCACCGGUCUACUUUUUCUCAUCGGCUAUGUCCUCGUUACAGGUAGUGGUAUCAUUGGAGUCUCAACAGCUCUGAAUGCCCUGUCGCACCAUGCUGCCUGCACUGUCUGGUGGUCAUUUAUCGCAGCUGUCGCUAUUAUCGCAACGGCUUCGGUACGAAAACUCCAGCACGUGGGCUGGCUCACUUAUGCGGGUUUCAUUUCAAUCUAUGCUGCCGUUUUAAUCGUUGUCAUCGGAGUCACAACCCGUGACCGACCCGCCGCUGCACCCCAAGAGGGCCCCUAUGACCUUGGCUUUGUGGCCAUAAACAACCCCGGAUUCGCGGCUGGUAUGGUUGCUUCUAGUACUAUAUUUGUUUCAUCGGCUGGUACCAGCGCCUUCAUCCCGGUGAUGUCGGAGAUGCGGAACCCGAAAGAUUACAAGAAAUCGUUGUAUUUGUGCAUGGCCUUGGUCACCGCAUCCUACCUUGCUUUCAGUUUGGUCGUCUACCGCUGGUGUGGCCAAUGGGUAGCUAGUCCGUCCUUGGGUAGCGCCGGACAAACGAUAAAGAUGGUAUCUUACGGCGUUGCGUUAUUGGGAUUGGUUGUGAGCGCCACAAUCUAUUUGCACAUUGCUGCUAAAUACGUCUUUGUCCGUGUAUUGGGUAACACCCGUCAUUUGCAGGCCAACACGGUUGUUCAUUGGGCUACCUGGAUGAGCUGCACGAUUUUGCUUGGUGCCAUUUCUUUCAUCCUCGCCGAAGCCAUUCCAAUUUUCAACUACCUGAUUGCUUUGGUCGGCUCUGUCUGCUUUGCUCCUCUUGCCAUGUGUCUUCCUGGCUUUUUAUGGCUGCACAGUAACGGUCACUACCGCAAAGGUACCCUGGUCCAGAAGGUUAUUUACCUGCUGCACUGGGGAAUGGUGCUGCUGGGAGUCUUCUUCCUAGUUGGUGCGACGUACGGCGUUGUCAUUCAGAUCAUCGACGCCUACGCUACGGGAGCAAUCGGCUCCGCUUUCAGCUGCGCGGAUAACUCGAACUCGUCGUAG